AUGAACAGACAAAAAGGCUGCAUUAAAAAGUCUAUAGGCGUGCAAACAACGAGCUUGUUUGCUGACCCAAAAAGCUUAACUUAUCUAAUUCAAGGUUUAAUCUCUAGGAGCAUAGCGCAUUUUUUUAUAGAUGAGAGGUUAGCUUCUAUUAGCGGUAAAACAGAAGGUAUUUGUCGAAUUAAUAGUGCAGAUCCAAGACUAUCAAGUGUGUCUUUAUAUCUUGAGUAUGAGCUCGGGAAUACCUAUAUUAAUCAGCCACAUCCAUUAUUAUCGGGAUAUCCUUUAAGUCUCAAGAGCCCGUUCAGUAAAUAUAAAAUCGUUACGGGACUUGAUCGUAGCAAGACAAAAUUUGUUGAUAAUGAUAAUUAUGUCAUUGAAUUUGUUGAGAUGUCUGAUUUUACUGAGCAAGAGCAUGAACAAAAUCAUCUUUUCGAACUCAUCGAGCUUGUAAAGUCUGGACUUAACAUCACUGAGGCAGUAACCGGACCAACGACAGCUUCUCAGUCGACCAAAACUGUAAUGACGCAGACAGGACCUUAUGUUGAAGAUACCAAAGCAUUAACAUAUAUUACAAAAGGUAUAAUGUUCAAAAGCAUAUGUGAAUUCAACUGGGAUGAAAAGAAAGCGUUUCAUCUGGGGAGUAAGAAAGGCAUUAUACAGUUUGUCAGUUCGGAUCCAAAUUUAAAAAGUGACAUAACAUUGACAUGUAAUUACAAGUUGUCAAAGUGUUUAGUCACCCUUGUGGGCGGUGAUUCAGGGUAUCCUAUAAUUAUUGAUUGUUCAUAUGGAAGUGUCAAGGCUAUUCUUACGCAGGAUAAGAAGAAUAUUCUGGAUCAUUGGGAUUAUAACUUGACUUUUCUUUCGUAA